AUGAAAUUACUCAAUUCUCCAAAUUUUGAUUCAUCACCUGAUAAUCAAUGGUCUCAAAUACCUUGUCCUACUUUUAAUUCAUCAACAUUAGAAGUAGUUUAUUAUGAUUUGAACAUUUAUCUUAAUCGAUCUGAUUUCAAAAAAUGUAUGCAUAAUAAUUUAAAUGUAUUUGAUUUAUUGGCAAAAUCUCAAAUAGAAAAAGAUGAAAAUAUUCGCUUAUAUCAUGGUACAGAUGCUGAAUCUGUUAAAAAAAUAUGUCAAUAUGGAAUAAAUUUAAACGCAUCUCAUCGUCUUGGUUCCGAUUUUGGACCAGGAUUUUAUGUGACAGACAAUUUUGAUGAUGCUCUGCACAGAGCAAUGAGCAAAUCAGCACUAAAUAAAACAUGUGGUGGCGUUAUUUGUUUUCAAAUUCGAGAUAUUGAGUAUCAUCAGUUUAAUGUACAAGAGCUAAAUGAAACAGCAGAAGAAUCUAGUAAUCCUCUCGAAUGGAGUAACUUUGUGAAAUUAUGUCGUCGUCGAUUUGCAGAAUAUCCACAUAUGUUUCGACGAGAUGCUUUUUGCGGUUCUGUUUGUAAGAAUGCAGAAAAAGUUUAUCGAACAGAAAAUGAACGACCACAAGUAAAAAUGCUUGAAAAUAGAAAACCCAAACAGAUAUGUAUCAAAAGUACAACUAUGGCAUCAAAACUUGAAGGUUCAAUCUUUGGUGUUUAUGUUAUUGGUAUAUCAUCAUAA